UCUUUUCAAUUUGAAUCUCUUCAGAAAGACAACGCUCCGGAAGAAACGAAACGCUUCUCCCCUUUCCGAGCUCUUCGAAACCCUAAUUCUUCCCCCAAAUCCCUCGCGCUCAUCCACCUCGUCUUCCUCUCUCCGGAUUCCCCGACCCCAUCGCCGGAGGCUCCGCUUCCUUCUGCCCCCUCCGCCGGCCGGCCAGCCAGCCAGACCUCCGACGAUAUCGGGUUUCGCCGGAGGCCGCGGAAAGAAUGGAUCUUCCCCCGCAGAUCGACGACUGCAUCAGGGACGCGAUCGAUCACACCUUGGGCCUCCCCGUGUCGGCGGAAACCCUCGAGUCGAGGCUCCGCGCCUCCGAGGAGGUCCAGAAGCGGCUCCGCGAGGAGUGCUCGCUCCUCCGCUCCAGAUUGAGCGAGAAAGACGGUCUCGUCGAGCGCGCUAGGGCCGAGGCAUGCUUGAAUGCGCAGGCGUUGAAGAAGUUUGUGGAGGAGAACCAGAAACUGGCGGCGGAAUGCGCUAAUUUGCUGGCUCAGUGUAAGAAAUUGGAAACCGAGUGCGCCCUGUACGACCAUGAUCGGGAGGCAUUGAUGGAUUUCGGCAACGAGGUAGAAGAGCGGGCCAAAGAGGCAGAGGCGAGGGUUCAGGAGCUGGAGGAGGAGGUGCAGCGGUUGACGGAUGAGGUGCAGUAUUUCAAGCACAAACAUGAUACUCUUGAGGAUGAAGAGACUUCAGAGAGCACCACUGUGGAGGAGAAGUUAGUCGAAUCAAUCAUCUCAACAUUGGUUAGUAAAGAUGCAGGAGCAUCAGCAUAUUCAUUUUUGGAGGCAAAUAGUGCACAUGAAUCAUGUCGAGAAUUGUUAAAAAUGUGGAACCGCCUAAGGCCAGCAACCCAGAUAGUUCUUUCAUUGGCUGCUGAAAUGAAGACACUGGAGAAAGAUAAGGAAAAUCUCAGAAUUAACCUUCAUAAAGCUGAGGAGGAGGUAAAUCUUCUCUUUCAAGAAAACAAUGUUUUAGAUGAAGAAAAUAAGAGGUUACUGAGGCACUACCAGAAAGAAAGGGACAUUUCUGGUUCUGGUGGGAGAAUCACAGCUAGUGCUCCUGCAAAGUCUAACAAGAGAAAAUCAAGCCCUAAGAUGAGUAGCCCAGUCGAGAAGAGGAUUGAUCUCAGUGAUGUGGAAUCACCGAGACGGCCUUUGUCACCAUUGAAACAGAAUUCUCCUGAUUUUAGGAUGUACAAGAAGUAGAGGCUCAUUCACAUGUAUCAACUGACCCGAUUUUCUUUCUCUUUUUUUUUUGUGCCCCGGCCAUUCUUUGUACCUGAAUAGCAUCUUGUCAGAAUCAAAGAUCGAUUGAAAUUACUGGCAAGAUAUGGGUGGUUAUAGUUCUCGAAGCAACUUCAAUUUUCUUCUCCUUUCAACAACAGAAAUUCGUGUGACGUGAUGCUCCUGUACUAUCUUGAGAUGGUGAAUUGUUUCACCGUUACUCAUAUUAUUGUGCUUUUCGAAUAGAAUUGAUAAGAGGAAUGAAGACCUACUGAUGCCACUGUAUAAAUCGUUCUGGAUUGGCA